CCUCUAUCUACACCAACACUCUUCGAGGAACCCCGAUAGAUCAAUAGCAAUCAUGUCGGACGGAGAAGACGAUACCAAGUCCCAGGUUUCCGCGGCCGCCGAGGUCGAAGUCAGCGCCGAUGCGUCGGCCGGCAAGGGCCAGAUGUCCGUCCUUGAGGCUCUCAAAGGCGUGCUGAAGCUCGCGCUCAUCCACGACGGACUUGCCCGCGGUCUGCGCGAGGCCUCCAAGGCCCUCGACCGCCGCCAGGCUCACAUGUGCGUCCUCAACGAGGCUUGCGAGGAGGAGGCCUACAAGAAGCUCGUUGUUGCGCUCUGCUCUGAGCACAAGAUCCCUCUCAUCAAGGUCCCUGAUGGCAAGCAGCUCGGCGAGUGGGCUGGUCUUUGCCAGAUUGACCGUGAGGGUAACCCCCGCAAGGUCGUCAACUGCUCUUGCGUUGUCGUCAAGGACUGGGGUGAGGAGUCGCAGGAGCGCUCCAUCCUCCUCAACUACUUCCAGACCGAGCAGUAAGCGUGUCGCACUGCUAGUGUGUAAACGCUCUACAACACCCCGCUAUAUCAACG